AAAGGGGUGAGAUUUGAAAGAAACACCCUUUUUCUUGCAAAAAGAUUGAGUGACUCCUUUAAGCCACCCUUGAUUUUGUUAGUGAAGAAUGUGGAGGAAAUCCUUGGGGAGCAUUUUUGGAACUCCAAUUCACCCCCCCGUCUUGAAGUACAUUGAGUCAACAAUUGGUAUUAGAACAAAGGCUCCAAUUUAAAGGUUUAACCACCUAGGAGUUGAUUAGGGAUGGCUCAAUUUCAAGCUUCUCAACCACUUGAAUGUUUGUCUACCGCCAAGCCUCCUUUCUUUGAUGGUACUAAUUAUAAUUAUUGGAAGAAUAGGAUGAAGGUCUUCAUGCUUGCGAAUGUGCCCAAGGCAUGGAUUGUAACUAUGAAAGGUCCAAAUGUGCCUAUGAAAGUAGUUGGGGAAAGUGAGGUGCCAAAGGAAGAAGUUGAAUGGAAUGAUGAAGAUUUGGUGAAGAUCAUGAUCAACAACAAAGCAAUCAACAUGCUUCAAUGUGCUCUCAAUCCAAUGGAAUUCCAUGGAGUUUCUAGGUGUGAUACAGCUAAGGAGAUGUGGGACAUGUUAAAGGUUCUUAGAAGUUUGCCCAAGAAUUGGGAAGCCAAGACGACCGCAAUUGAAGAAUCAAAGGAUCUCAACACUCUCAAGCUUGAAGAUCUCAUUGGAAAAUUGAUGACAUAUGAAAUAGAAGUUCAAGUUGAUUGUGGAGUUAAAGUAGUUGAGAAGAAGAAGAAGAAGAAGAAUGUUGAUUUCAAGGCUAGCAACCAAAAGGAAGAGAGUGAAAAUGAUGCUAGUAAUGAUGAGUCUAGUAAUGAGGAGGACAUCACCAAAUUGGUUUCAAAGGAAGUGAAGAAAUACAUGAAGAAGAGUCUCAAAGGGACAUCCUCUAGAAGAAACAAGGAAAUUCACUAUUCUAGAGGAAGAAUAUGUAGUGAUGAUGAUGAUAGAGGAAAGCCAAGCAAGAAGCAUAUCAAAUGCUAUGAGUGCAACAAGAUGGGGCAUUAUAGAAAUGAAUGUCCUUAAUUGAAGAAGGGUGAAAGGAAAAACAAGAAGAGCAUGAAGAAGAAAGCUUUUGCUGCCACUUGGAGUGAUGUUGAGGCUAGCUCAACGGAAAGUGAAAGCUCCUUGGAGAAUGGUGUUGCAAAUCUUUGCUUCAUGGCUCAAGAGGAUAGCAACAAUGAUGAAGAGGUAAACUCUAACUUCUCUAGUUCAAUUAAUGAAAGUUCUUUUAAGUA